UGCCGUGUUUCCCAGGCUAGUCUCAAACUCAGAGCUCAAGUGAUCCCUCCUUGGCCUCCCAAAGUCCUGGGAUGACAGGCAUGAGCCACUGCACCUGCCUGGCCUGUAUUUUGAGUCUUUAUGUGUGCCAGCUCCCUGCUAGGUACUAAGGACACAGAAAUGAAUACCACCCACCCCUCCCUUGCUCUCAGAGGGCUCCCAAUCUGCUCCUGUUUUCUCUGUUAAAUCAUUUUGCCUUCAAGUCUUGCAUAAUGUGGUGGCCACAUUGAGAUCUAGUUGAAUAGUUUCACAAUAACUCCCUUCAGUCAGAGGGCCUUGGUGAAAUAACUUUUUUACUCUGAAAUCCAUGGAAAUGCAAAGUUUACUGUUUUGCUCUCCUUGAUAAAAUAUAGCAUAAUAACUAGUUGCUGGGUUACUACCUAAAACACAGCCUCCAAACUGCAGCCGGGAAGAGCAGUUAGCAAUUAAGUAAAGGAAAUGACUAUGACUAGUGGGUUUGCAACCCGACACACAGCCCAUAUCCGUCUUAGCAUAGAGAGGCAUUGAUGUUACUUAGGCAACUUUUAUCACUAAGGAAGUAGUUUUGGUGACUCAUGCUCAUACAGAGUAACUCAUUUCAAGUCCUGGGUGUUCAGUAACCUUACCAUUAUGUCUUCUUUUUGGACUCAGACUGCAAAGCUCCAUUUGGAUGACAUAGAUUUAUUACUUGGUAGUAUACCAUGUAUUGGCUGUCCCAUAUUUUGAAAUUUUAAUGGACUCAUGGUGAUCAGAAUAAAAGGUCAGUAUUUCCUACAAUAUAUUAAUAUGUUAAAGGUAGAACUAACAUCCUAUUUUCUAAGCAGAAAUAUUAUCAUAUUAACAUAUCUCAUUAAAUGUCUUAGUUGACAUUUCUUGCCAAUUAUUUUUUAUUUAAUGUAACAAUGCUGUUUUAAAUACGUCAUUAUUUUAAUAACUAAAAUGAAAUACUGAAGAAUUUUAUACUAUGACAUAACGUGCCUUAUUUUUUCCCCAAAUAGAUGAAAAAUGGAAUUAUAAUCUCUACUGAGGGUUGCUAUUACAAGAGGAAGGAAUCCUAAGGAAAUUCACUGGCCAGGUUCUUGGUUCAAAUUUUACAGCCCACCUGCUUGAUGGCCCAACAGCAAUUACUUAUUGACAAUCGACAUUUUUUUUCUGUGUUAAAAAUAGCAGAGAAGUUGUAGAAAUAUUAGUUAAUUAAAAGAGUUAUAGUUUGCUAAUGUGUUUGGAGAACAAUAUGGAAAAACUUACUGUUGAUAGAAAAAGCAAGCCACAAGCCAAGGACCUAAGCUGGCUUCUGGGGCAGUGCAGGAGCAUUGUGGCUUGGGCUCCAGGGUUUGCUGGGAACCUUGGAGGUGCCAGCUUCCAGUGUGGUCAGCCCAGGACUUGCCUGAAUCACUAGUAUACCUUUUGUCCUAAUUCUAGAAAUCAUGCCAUAAAUCUCAACAUUUGGACAGUGUUACUUGAGCUGUUUUCAUUUUGCUUUCCAUUGAGCCCUUUCCUGUUUUUAAUUUUGUGGCUGGAAAGCUUGAAAAAGGCAAUGAGUCAUGAGAAUAUUUCUUUUCUUCUCCAGAUAGAAGUCUUCAAUGUGAGGCCCAGGCAUCGGGCAUCAUGUGUGUGAUUCAUGAGCCUUGACAUCUGAACGCUUUUCUGGAAGGACCCAUUAAGACAACGUGUUGGGGAUGUACUAGUGAAGUGAUUCUCAAAUGUAGUACUCAGACCUGUAGCAUCAGCAUCACCUGAAAAUCUGUUAGAAAGUCCAGCUGUUAAUCCCCAGUUUAGACCAACUAAAUCUGAAACUCUGGGAGUAGGUGGGGCCCAGCAAUUUGUGUUUUUACAAGACUUACUAGGUGAUUCUGAGAAUCACUGUGCUGGUGAAUUGUUCCUGUCUGUGGCUACAUAGAAUAUAAAAAAGUAUAGGGUUGGAAAAUGGGGAAAUUGAUGAGUGUUCGCUUAUGUGGAAAUGAAGAAUAGACAGAAAAGCAUGAGUUAACUUUUGGAGUUCAAAAAAGAAGCAAUUUGUAAAAGCCAGGAAUUUGAUUUGCAGGACUAAUUGCUUGCAGAAUCUUUGCUUUCUCAGAGGGGGCAAUCCAGAUCACUAGGUUAUCGUGAAAUAUAUUGGUAUGGUUCUAAAAUUCUAGAAUAAUCUCACCAGUGAGAAAAGGCAUACCUUUCCAUAUUAGGACAAAACUUCAUAUCAGGUUUGCAAAAUCCUGUAAGACUCUUGUAUCCCAUUGUCGUGGACAACUUGUUUGUCUCUGGAGACCCCAGUUUCUACAUCUGAAAACCAUAUGCAUUUCUGCUCGGCAUGAAUUAUCUCACUGAACGAAGCGAGAGAUUCAAGAUGUAUAAGAGCAUUUGUGAAGCAUUUGGAUUACCAAGAAAUGUGAAGUAUAAAGAUCAAGAAUGAUUAACAUAAAGACUGAUGGUAAAGAGGCUGGUCUUUAACUUCUGGCCUCAAGGGAUCCUGCUGCCUUGGCUUCCCGAAGCACUGGGACUGUGGACGUGAGCCACUGCACUGCCAUGGCCAAAAUGUGGUCUUUAGCACCAUAUUAAAGGGCCCUGACACCAAAGAAAGAAAUGGAGCGUAAAUCAGGCUACAGAGCGGCUGCUAUUCACUCGGGAAGCCUUAUUGUUUUCCGUCCUUUGUUCUCCUCUCGACUCAUGGCAACCCCCAGGCCUCGCGACCCUCUGAAGCCCUGAGCCUGGAACGGUAGGAGAGGGGGGAACUGAAACGCCGCGGAACCAGAGGCGGAGGGAGCGGCGCGACGGAGGGAGGAGGAGCGACGGACCGGCAGGCCUAGCUCUGGGGCUGCGGCGGCUGAGGCGCGGGGAUGGAGCCCCUGCGGGUGCUGGAGCUGUACAGCGGCGUGGGCGGCAUGCACCACGCGUUGAGAGAAAGCUGUAUACCUGCACAAGUGGUGGCUGCCAUUGAUGUCAACACUGUUGCUAACGAAGUAUACAGGUAUAAUUUUCCAUACACACAGUUACUUGCCAAGACAAUUGAGGAUUGGCCGGCAGGGAGAUGUGACUGAUUCAAGGACAAAUAGCUUCUUAUAUAUUCUAGAUAUUCUCCCAAGAUUACAAAGAUUACCAAAGUAUAUUCUUUUGGAAAAUGUUAAAGGUUUUGAAGUAUCUUCUACAAGAGAUCUCUUGCUACAAACAAUAGAAAAUUGUGGCUUUCAGUACCAAGAGUUCCUAUUAUCUCCAACCUCUCUUGGCAUUCCAAAUUCAAGGCUACGAUAUUUUCUAAUUGCAAAGCUUCAGUCAGAGCCAUUACCUUUUCAAGCCCCUGGUCAGGUACUGAUGGAGUUCCCCAAAAUUGAAUCUGCACAUCCACAAAAGUAUGCAAUGGAUGUUGAACAUAAAAUUCAAGGAAAGAACACUGAACCAAAUAUUACCUUUGAUAGCAGCAUACAGUGUUCUGGAAAAGAUACCAUUCUUUUUAAGCUUGAAACUGCAGAAGAAAUUCACAGGAAAAAUCAACAAGAUAGUGAUCUCUCUGUGCAGAUGCUAAAAGAUUUUCUUGAAGAUGACAUUGACAUGAACCAGUAUCUUUUACCACCAAAGUCAUUGCAGCGAUAUGCUCUACUAUUAGACAUUGUUCAGCCCACUUGUAGAAGAUCCAUGUGCUUUACCAAAGGAUAUGGAAGCUACAUAGAAGGGACAGGGUCUGUGUUACAGACUGCAGAGGAUGUGCAGAUUGAGAAUAUCUACAAAUCCCUUGCCAAUUUGUCUCAGGAAGAAAAGAUAACAAAGCUGUUAAUGCUUAAACUGCGAUAUUUUACUCCUAAAGAAAUAGCAAAUCUCCUUGGAUUUCCUCCAGAGUUCGGAUUUCCUGAGAAGAUAACAGUGAAACAGCGUUAUCGCCUACUUGGAAAUAGCCUCAACGUGCAUGUAGUAGCUAAACUAAUCAAAAUCUUAUAUGAAAAAUUUUGAAGUAACUCUGAAAGGUGACCGUAUAAUAUUCCUUCAUUUUCAGAGAACAAUUCUGAAAUUCUGUUUUGAACUAAUUCUGGUGAAAUGUAACUAAAUUAUUUUAAUCUGUCUUUAAUAUGAAAUUUGGAUUUUAUUUAAAAAAUCCAUAUGGUUUUCAAAUUUAUAUUACUGUAUUUUAUAAAAUACAAAUUAUUGUUAUGCUUUAUGGAGAGUAUAUUUUCAUAUGAAAUGUAAAUAUGUAUGUGGAAUAUUCUUUUUUAAAAUUAUGCUAUAAACAAAGAGCACCUAGAAUUUUAGUGUCUACAUUAAUAUCUUGUGAAGUGUCAUAACAGGCAUAACAUAUUUUUAUGUUAAUUUAAAAAGGUUUUUAUUUCUAAUUUUAAAAUCAUUCUAGUUCUAGCCUAUUGAAUGUUUUACUUAAUUUCCAAUCCUUUAAACUUUUCUUUAUUUCAUCUAAACAAAUGCAUAUGAUAUGUAAACCAAAUUAUCAUUAUUCAAUUUAUACAGCAGUCUGAAGAAUAUGUCAGGAAAAAUAAUCUUCAAUUUUUGAUUACCUCUCCAUCAAGCAGUCACAGAAAAUGUUGGUGCACAUCAUCUACAUUUUCCUCAGCCUCUAUCUGAAGGACAAAACCCAUUGUUCCUUCUUCAUUUUGUAUGUACUUUCCUUUAGUUUGCUAUUAUCAAAGCUUGUUUUUGUCUUCCUAGCUUCUGAGUUUACUUUUGCCAUUACACACUGAGGAAUGUAGCAUGGUUAAGAUUUCCGGGAGGAAGCUGCCCUCUGACCCCAUGCCAUAUGACAUCCCCUUCCCCCAAUUGUGUUUUACUGUGGUGACAUACACUCCGAAUUAACUUUUAGGACUUUUAACUUUCUCUGUCUCUCAUCCUCAGUAGGUUUCUUGGAAUUAGGGUUUCUAAUCAAACUAAGUCUUGCAUCAUAAAUUCUAUGGUUUAUAAUAGAAGCAAGUGACAGAGAUGAAAAGAAACAAGUCCAAAGAUCUUACUACAGGAUUUUUAUUCAAAUAUGCAUUCUUAAAAAUCAACUGUUUUGACAUGGAGAAAUUGAAAGUUUGUGCAUUCCUUGUGGGAACAUAAAAGUGGUGCAGCUGCUGUUGGAAAACAGUACGGUGGUUCUUCGCAAAAUUCAACAUAGAAUGACCCUGUGAUUCAGCAUUUCCACCUCUGGCUAGAGACCCAAAUGAAUUGAAAGCAGAGACUUGAACAGAUAUUUGUACACCAAUGUUUAUAACACCAUUGUUCACAGUAACCUAAAGAUAGAAGCAGCCCAAGUGUCAUCCCAUUCACCCAUGACUGGAUAAACGAAAUGUGUUAACGUGCGUGCAGUGGAAUAGUACCACCUGCAACAGGAAGGAAAUUCUGACAUAUGCUGUGACACGGACGAGCCUUAAGUGCAUUAUGCGAAAUGAAAUAAGCCACUCUGCAGGGAGGGAGAAUGGGUAAUUAGUGCUUUAUGGGUACACAGUUUCUGUUUGGGAUGAUGAGAAAGUUCUGGAGGUGAUGGGGAGGAUGAUUGCACAACAGUGUGAAUGUACUUAAUGCCGCUGCAACUGUACAUUUAAAAAUAGUUUAAGUGAUAAAUUUAACAUUAAGUAUAUUUUUACUGCAAUUGAAAACAUAUUCGAUUACCAAUUUUUCAGAACUCAUAGAUAAAUAUGAAUAUAGGGAAGCUGUAAAGCAGCCCUGUACAGAAACUAUCACUAUCUACAUUUUUCAUAGGUAUUCAAAGACAGAGCCUAUUACAAGUCUCAUAAAUUUCAGUAAGCAAUCAAAUUAUUUUGGCACGCUUUCAUGUAGGUUCUCUUCACUGCUGAAAGAUUCUAAAUAAAAUGGUUUAGCGUUUUACUGCGACUGUACUAAUAACUAUGCUAUAGUUAUAGUAUCCUACACUCUGUUGAGCAAUGUUAUACAAAAUAAGUGUGGUUACUGAGCACCAACUGUGAACACUUGAAAGGUCUGUAGAGACAUUGCUUACAAACUGGAAGACAGAAUGUAGUUUGUGGAAUUUUUAAAUUAUGGAAAUGCAUUCACAGGAAGACAGUGAUUCUUGCCCUUAAUUCAUAAUUGAAAAUAUACAGUAACAAGCAUAAAAAAAUCACAUCUUAAUGAAGAUGUAUCUACCAGUGUCAUUUAAUUAGCAGAUGUAUAGGUAUGCAUAAUUAAUUUGGAAAAUGCUCUUUUAUGGAAUGUCUGCUUUAUGUUUUUGGUAAUAAUGCUGUAUAAAAUUUGUACUGGAAAUUCUGUUUCAUGAUAUUUAGGCUUGUAUGUUUAUUCAGAUGUUGGAAAACAUAGCUUCUCAUUUUCAAGAGAACUAUGUGUAAUUCAGUCUUCCCAUACCUAACAGUAACCUGAUUUUUCAUUCUCCUUUUCCCAUCACCUCUGCUCUUUUAAAUGGCUUGUGAGGUAAUUCUAAGGUAUUUAUUACCCUGCCUCAUAUUUUUAAUAUGUCUUCAGGAUCCAAAACUAAUUCUAAAAGAUGAUCAAAUCAAUUAAUGUAAACAAAAUGAGUCAUAACUGGAAAAUUAUUUUGAAGACAUGGGUAGUCAUUGCAGGAGGGAUCAGGGCCUGAAAAUCCUCAGUGGCAGAGAUGAAAGAGGAAUGAGAGCAUCACCUUCACAGAGGACCCUGGACAAGGUGUUGUGGCCGUUCAGUCAGACCUGCACUAUGGGCAUUUCCCUGUGCCUGGGAAGGUAAGAAAGUACCUCCAACCUUCAGCUAGCUUGUUCUUCCUCAAAAAGUAGACCCUUCUGAAGAGACAAAACCAGUAGUUGAAAUUGUGAACAGUGAGGGUCCACCCCACACUUUUUUUUUUUAGAAAUUUGAGGGCAAAUUGUUGCUUGAAAUGAUCCAACUUUUCAAAGAAGUAAAGUUGUUUAGCAUAGAGGCUUUUAAGUUGCCCUGAAAGGCUGCAUUGCUAGCAUGUGGGAUGUAAGGUUGGAUGGGGUUAGAGGUGAGUGCAGGCAAUUCAGUGCAUUGGUUGUGGAAUUCCUCAGCAGAAACCACCAUCUGGCUUUUGCUCCCAUCUCAACCUAGUUCAGGUCUAGAAGGAUUAAGCUGGAGAUUUCUGAGGAGAGAGAAAUGAACUAAAGAUAAAUAAAACUGGUUUAAUUUUAGCUAUAGCAGAACAGAACAAAGCAACCUUCAUUCACAUCAAGCAACUACUAAACAAUGCAUUCUUCAAGCCAAUUGUAUCUGCAUCCAAACUAGUCACUUUGGUUGCUCUUCUGCUUUGAUAACUUAAGAGUUUAGAAAAAAAGAAGUUUCUAAAUAGCCAAGAUAACACGAUAAGGACCAAAUUUUAAGCCCACAUAGACAAAGAGGUUAAAGUGAGUUUUCUGCGUUGCUUAUGUUGUGAACAGAAGGUUACCUUGUCAUAAUUUGGCCUUCAGCUUGGAGUUCUGUUUUAGGCCAUCACUUAUGACACUGACUUACUAAUAGCUUUGGACUUUGAAAUUCAGUGAGGGUCAUAUAGCCUCAGCAAUUUUUUUCGUAGCCUGUGAUUGCAUUGAGAUUAUAUAAUUUUUAAAGACAUGGCCUUUGGACCUCUGUACUAAUCUCUUCCACUCAUCUACCAUUCAAAUGUGCUAUGUACAAGUAUCAUAUCAACUUCUUAGCAAGCACUUUUCUGGUAGCCGUCAUAUCCACCAAGAUGUCUAGUUAUGCCUUUCCCUUAGCAUUUUUUUUUUUUUUUUUGAGACGGAGUCCUAUUCUGUUGCCCAGGCUGGAGUGCCGAGGCAUGAUCUCAGCUCACUGCACCCUCCCGCUUCCAUUCAAGUGGUUUUCCGGCCUCAGUCUCCCUAGUAGCUGGGAUUACAGGCAUGUGCCACCAUGCUUAGCUAAUAAUAAUUUUUGUAUUAGUAGAGACGGGAUUUCACCAUGUUGGCCAGACUGGUCUCAAACACCGGACCUCAAGUUGAUCCACCCACCUUGGCCUCCCAAAGUGCUGGGUAUUACAGUUGUGAGCCACCACACCCAGCCUCCCUCUGCAUAUUUUUAAAAAGGCAUUAAGCAUUCUUGCACAUGUUCUUUAGUUUCAGUUUGCAUGAGUCAAGCUGUCUGCGUCAUUUUCCCUUUCAUAUUCUUUGUCUUUGCUGCUAAAAUUUUAAAGCUUCAGUGUAAACAACAACAACAAAAAACGGCUUUCGCUGUCUAGGAACAUUUUAAGGUACUCAGGCUGUUCAAAAUCUUACACAAUCAAGAUCCAAAUUCCAUCACCAUUCUUGUCUAGUUUGUGAAUUCAUUUCUUUUUAAAUAUAUUUGUUCAAGAAAUAUGAGCAUGUACAAAAAGCUGUUUUGGCUUUGUAUUCCCCAAGUUCUCAUGUAAAUUGGUUUUAUAUUUACCAUAGAUUCUGAGUCUUACUUUCAACCACAUGCAGCACUUACUGAAGUCUCCCUCAAGUAUACCACCCUUGACUCCUAAAGCUCCCAAAAUCUUCUUUUUCUUAUAAAUAAGAGAUUGGAAAUUUUUACGAAAACUAAAAGAUAGGAUUUUAAUUCUUCCAUAGAAUUCUCUUCUGAAUAGCCCUAGGGUUUUUCAUUUCUUUACUUGUACCUGGGGUUCAAGGUUUACUUCAAAUAUUUGCUCUGUAUUUUGUUUGCAUUUUCUUUCUAUUUUUAUCAGGACAGAUUGAAAUUAUAAGGGUGUGCAUAGAGAACACGUUUGUUUAGCUAAAUUAGCUCUAUAAUCAGAUGAGAUCACCUAGAGGGUCAGAGGAUGAGAGUGAAAGUUAGAAGAGCAGAGACUUGGAGCUGACUUACCUGAAGAUUCAGUCCUCAGGUCUCUUUCUACCCUUCACUUUUCAAGCCAUUUUUUUUUCCCUGAAGAGUCUCACCCUUUGCUACAACUUCAGCCAUUCUGCUGAUGACACCCAGAUGACUCUAAAUAUGCUAUUUUCCUAAGUCCUAUUCUAGAAUCUUCAUGUUAGGACAUUUUUAACUUAGAUGUUUUGCUAUUCAAGUUAUAUCAAAUUUGUAUCAAAUUUAGCCUGUUUGCAACGUAAGCAUCCUCCUUUCUUUCUUUUUUUUUUUUUUUUUUUUGAGAUGGAGUUUCACUCUUGUUACCCAAAGCAUCCUCCUUUCUGUAGUUAGUUCCACUCAUGACUUUAAUGUUUUUCUUUAUGGUUGCGUUACUCUCCAAAUCUUCCAAGUUCAAGCUUCAUAACCCAAGAUCAUCUUCACCUUCUUUCUCACUCUGCAUUCUGUUGGUCGGCUUCUGUUAAAAUAGCCUUCCUAAGGCAAGCCUUCUGUCAACGAUCAGUUAUUUUUAGGAAGACUUAUAAAAAGUCACUGAGAUUUAAAAAUGCCCAUAUACAUAUUUGCAAUCAUAUUUGUGUGCUUGGUUAAAUAUGUUGACAUUUAACAGAUUUGAGCCUUCUAAAUUUAAUCUAGCAUGAAUGUCAUUUUUACUAAAAUAUUCGCUAUUUUACUCAGCUGGUUCCUUACACAAGUCCUGUUAAAUUUCACACGUGAAAAAAAUGACUGAAAACACCUAAUGGAAUGUGAUACUCCUUGUGUAGUAGAAAUGAGUUGAGUUUGAUAUUUGAGAGCUGAUCCUAUGAAUGAAUAGACAAUAAGGUGAAUAUUUGUUACGAUUUGAGUUUUCUAAAUGGAAAAUGUUUCAUGUUUUAGAGAAUGUAAACUUCCACAAGGGCAGAGAUUGUUAAUACUUUUUUUCCCCCAGUGACUUAAAACAGUACUGGCAUGUAGUAAGCACUCAAUAAAUAUUUGUUGAAUGAGUGAAUAUAGGAACCAUACUGGAAUCAAUAUGGAAGCUACAUAGAAAACAUCACAAUUUGGAGUUCAAAUAGUGUGUUUAAGUUAUUCUCUUGAAAACUAUUUAACUUGUCUGUUACUGCCACUUCUUCCAUGCCCAGUGGAACAGCCAGUUACUCAAGUCCAGAACACAUGAUUUAAAAAAUAAUUCUAGGGUAGGCUUGAGCUUUUGGCUUUUGGAAAGUUGUGCAAAUAAAACUCUUUAAAAUACUGUAUUUUGACUCCUGGUUUUGACAAGAGUGUAGAGUUAUUUCUCCUUGCUUCUUCCUGAAAAGUACAAUUAUAAACUCUGGGUAAGUAUAAUUAUAAAAUAAUGCAAGAGGAAUCAGAAGGAGAAUUCUGAAAAGUGGGAAAAGAGGAAGACACACUGGCUAGGGACCCCAAGACUAGAGGAGCAACAUGAUUCCAAGACAUCUGACCCCUCACCCGACUUUCAGACCUACAACCUAGCAACAGAAAGCAGCCCAGAGAGAGUUGUUCCUACAGAAGAGGGAAGUGAAGUCUAGUUGGUAAUACCAGAUGAGUCUGGCUCUACCAGCAUGGGGCAUAUAUAUCAGAAACCCCUCUGACAAACAUCCAGACCUGAGACUUGUGUGCUGAGAGAUGAAGAUCCAGGGGACUCUGGUAAAAAGCAUCUGACCCAUUAUCUGAGCUGGAGACUCCCUUCUCCCAGAGGUGCCAUGGGACCUGGCUUGGGGGAGAAUCCUUCUUUUCCUAAAGAAGCAUCAUCAAGGACCAUUCGGGAGCCCCAGGAGCACCAGAUAAACCAAGCAGACCAAAAUAAUACUGCAAAGGCUCUAAAAACUAAAUGACUGUUGGAGUCACAGCCCACAAAAAGCUAAGCCAGGGCUUGCAUGCUAAACAUAAAUGGAGUGACUGCCUGCUAAAAUAAAAGAUUAAAAUAGUAGAAUAUUCAGGAUACAAUGUAAAAUAGCCUGUCAUACCAAGAAGCAGAAAAAUCCCAACUUGAAUAAGAAAUGACAGUCAAAAACAGAUGACAGCACUGAGACAAACCAGAUGUUGGAAUUACCUGACGAGGAUUUUAAGCAACUCUCGUAAAACUGCUUCAGUGAGUACUUACAAAUUGUCUUGCAACAAAGAAAUAGAAAAUCUCAGCAAAGAAAAAGAAGUUAAUAAAAGAACCAUCAUGAUAAGUGCACUCUAUGCCAGUUUUAAAAAUAGAAAUAAAUGGCAGUUAUUCAACUGAAAAAUACAAUAACAAAAUAGAAAACAUUCAGUGGUGACAGAUAAUUUGAUUAGAUCCUGGACAUUUUGUCUGUUACAUUAACUUUUUAUUUUCAGAAAGUUAAUUAUGUGUCUUGGCAUGAAUUUCUUUCAACAUGGCAGAUAUUUCAAAGUGAAUGUAAUAUCCUGUUUUGGUGUUCAUUUAGCUUCUAGAAUCUGUACAUUUAUAUUUUUUGCUAAAUUUGAGAUUAGCGGUAGAGAGGAACAGAAGAUAGAAAUCAGUGAACCUGAGGACAGAUCAGUAGAAUUUACCUAAUCUGAAUGACAGGGCGAAAAUAGGCUG